CACCAGCCAGCCAUCUGGCUCAGUGCGAGCUCGGCAGCAGCUCGGCGAAUAGUGUGCGUGUGACCGAGAGGCGAGGAGGCCGCGAUCGGAAUCUCUUCCGUAGACAUUGCUCUCGCUGGCUAGGAUGUGCCUGAUGCAUGUCUGUGCUCGACGCUUUCCGUCGUCAGGAUUUUCAAAGCUGACAGACGUUGCUUGAGUGUUUCUUAGAUAAAAGAGUCUAAAGUAGUCACAUUGAACUCGAAUUCGUUGUUAAUGAAGGCAUAGACCUGUGUCAAAGAAGAAAAGUUUCAAAAAGGCGCCGAUCAGAGAAAAAGAAAAAAUGACACUGACCAUGAAACGUACUACAUGCAGAACACGUAGCCCAGGUUGUAGGGGCAGUGCAAACUUACCCCCUUUUUCCGGAGGUGGCUUCUUCUGUACUUCAAGAAUAUUCUUCCGAUCUUCUGGGAGAACUGCAUCUACUAUUUGAAACAUUUUGCGGGCCGAAAUCCCCGUCACUCACGCAUUGGACUUACAGUUCAUGAGAAUCGAAGAGAGUCUGGUGUGUCUAUAUGAACUGGAGUUAUCAAACGAAAUGCUGUGGUUAGUGAAGCCUCUGUCAUUUGGACCGUGUUCACCCUCUCUGAAUUCUGCAGCCACUGAGAAGGGUCGGUUUCUUUGCCAAAUGAAGACACGUCUGUGAGAUAUUAAGAACCGUCAUUUCACGUAUAUUCUGCUAUAAUGAUAAACCGUUCCAGUGAAGAACCUAUGUGAGUUAUUAAUUAACCUUGGUCGAAAUAAACGGUGCGAUGACUUGAUCAUGCGUAUGACUUCGGAAUAUAUUACUUUAGUGUUCAGAAACUAGCGAAAAAUAGCACAACGAUUAAAGAACUGAUUACAUGGACGGUGGCAAAAGAGAAAUAAAAAAUAAAUAAAGAAAAGUAUGUGUUCGGAAUCCAAGCUUCAGGAAGUGAUUUCUGAUGAUGUACAUCGAUAGAGUUUCCAGAUAUCUUCAUCAGACUCCAACAAUGACAGUCAGAAGCGCAAGACUGAUGAUGGGCAACUGAGCUGAGAAACGGAGGGAAAAGAUGACCAGUGCUCUGCUAUCGCGGAGUUCCAGCCAAUUGGUGCUGUGUUUGCAUCUGCUCUGCUCUCUGGGGUCUGGAGACGGAGGCCAAGGUUCUUUUACAGGUCCGCAGUUCGGCGAGACCGAGUCCACGGUGUCCGUGUCUGCCGGGAAGACCGCCUCCCUCCCCUGCGUAGUCCAUCAUCUCAGUGACAAAUCUGUCACGUGGCUAAGGCGGAGGGAUUUGCAUAUAUUGACUGUAGGACUCCAAACCUACUCGGCGGACGACAGAUUUAAGGUGAUUCAUCGCGAGGGGAGUGACGAGUGGACCCUACUCGUCAGAUACGCCCAGCCGAGGGAUGCCGGUAUCUACGACUGCCAGAUCAACACCGACCCCAAGAUUUCACACCCCGUCACCCUCAGAGUAGUCUUGGACACUUCGGGGAAGGAGGCGGCCCCGACGAAGACGAAAGUGUUUGUAGCGAACAACACCGCUUCGACCAGCGACGGCGACCUUCGAGUGGAAAUCCAGGGUCCCCGAGAGCUGUACAUCGAGGAAGGGUCCUCUCUGUCUCUCACCUGCCUCGUCACGUCCUCAAACGGCCCCUCCACCCUCGUCUACUGGUAUCACAACACCAAUCUCAUCGACUACAACUCUCCCAGAGGUGGCGUCAAUCUCAAGAUCGACCGAGGACGCGGCCAAACCAUAACUCACUUGCUGGUAUCCUCAGUGGGUCAGGGGGACUCCGGCAUGUAUUCCUGCGUUCCUACAGGAUCCCAUCCGGCCACCGUCAGAGUCCAUGUUAACCAGGGGGAGAACGAGGCCGCCAUCCAGCAGGGAGGCCUCGACGAGACCAGCUGUGCCAGCUGCCCGCGGUCAUUCCAGCUGCUGCCCCUGCUGCUGCUGCCGUGCUGUCUCCUGUUCGGUCUCCAGAACGUCAGCUUUAAGCCGAGCAUUGCUUACCUGAAAACCCUGAUCGUCUCCCUUUUGUAUAAAAUCCUCUUCGUUCCCAUUCUGGCUUCCGCCUCCUCCGACGGGAAUGAGGUUUACCCAUCCUCGUCUCCCUCUCUUUGUUCUUUCCCUUCCCUCUUCCUCCUCCUCCUCCUCCUCCUCCUGGUCCCUCUCCCCCGUGGUGGGACCCUUCGCCGCUCCUUUGUCAAGGGGAGAAGAAGGGCGCGAGGCAUCGCGCGAAGCUCCUCCGUCAGGGCAGAGACAGAGGCGGCAAUCGAGAUGCCUCUGCAGGUCAAGUUGACUCGUGUAGCGCCCUCUGCCACCAAUGGACACCGCAAAACACCGACCGAAGAAGGCGGUCAGUUCGAAGUGAAGAGAAAAAGCCGAAAUAAGAAGAAAACUUUGAAGCCAGUGCUGUUACCCUGUGUUGAAUAGUCAUCCCGAUGAAACGGGAAAUAAUGUAAAAACGUAAACAUCUUAGUGUUAAGGGGAACUUAUUUGUAUACGUGUUCUUAUGAAAUCAUU